AUGUCAGAAAGAACUACGAGAUCCAAAAGCAAAAGAACGAGGCUAGAGACACUGAGGAUAUCGACAAAAGACGCUCCACCAGAACCCGCAGUGACAGAUUCCAUUUCUGGUGAGGCCUCCAAAGUCCCCUGCCCACGCCGACUGCGACUGGGACCACCAAAACGUCCUACCCAGUCACCCCCACCGACUAUGGACCCAAAUCUGAAUGCUUUGGUAGCAGUUUCUGCUGCCUUGCAACCAGAAACGCCGGACACUGAAAAAAUAUUGGGUGUGAUGCCGCCCCAGCCAUUUGAAUGGGAUUAUUCAGCCACGCCGGCCUUGGGUCCUGCAGUACAAGCAAAUAUCGAUGUAUUUGAUUUGCCAAGAACAAUGAGUGUGUCCAACGCCCUUUCCAAGCUACCGCAGUACCGCAAGCGUAGUCUAAGUCUUGAUGGACCCCAACCCAUCGAUAUUACCUACAUGGUCAAUGUGGGAGGAAAAUUCAAAGCUUGCCGGCUGCUCAGCACAGAGAAGCAUACAAACUGGCGUGCUGCAAUUGUUGAGGCAUCAGGGUUCUCGCAGACAUACAGCUUCAAGCAUGAGCUUGCAUGGAAGAUGUACUCUGCUCCUAAGAACCAGGACCCAGUUGCGGUUGACAAUAAAAAUGACUACAAAAUGAUGAUCGGUGAGGUUGAAAAAGUGAGAAUGAAGAAGGAGCCAAUGGUCGCAAUCAUUAUUGGCAACUUGCCGAAAGACAAUGCAGAACCAUCUCGAGGCAGCAAACAGACUUGGAAGUCAAAGAAGGCAAGAAUUGAGCAGCCGAAUCCACUAACCUCUGGUUCGGAUUCCGAGGCCAAUUCUGAGCCUAGGGAGCACAAGAUUCCAGGGACAUUGUCGGUCCACGAGCUAGAAGAACAGAUUAGAAAUCAAAAUCCUUUCUGCGAGUCGCACAAGCAACACUGCCAUGUGUCAUCAGCUCAUGGUAGUGAAGGUCGGCAUGUUGUUCUGACCAAAUCAAAGAUCAAGUGCUGGGCUCGGACAAUUGAUCAGGGUGUUUGCUCAAUUAAAGAACCCCCGAAGUACUUCCUUCAGGAAGCUGAUGCGAAGCCGGUGAAAACUAUGCCAGCACCCCAACCUCCGACUUCUUUCAACACUCCACUUCCGAGUGCUGGAUUGGGGAUGAUGUCUGCCAUGGCCAACACCUCUCUCCAAGGUGGUAUCCAAGGUUCCGUCCCAUGGCCUGCAAUGUAUUCGGCAUUCCCUCCAAUGUACCCACCUUCCUAUUACUUUCCGGAUCCAAGGACUGCCUUCCACUCCCCCAAUAAUUACCCGGCACCUAAUUACCCAGCACCUGGCUUAUAUGGUGCCAGUGCACAAUUCAGUCAUCACCAACGGCAAGGAACAUCAUGA